UUCCUUCGCACCUAAGCUUGAUUUUUUCGCCCAUCGGGUCAGAAAGACUUGGCGGGUGCAACACUAUUCUAACCGGUGCAUAUGCGCUCAACAAUUGUCGAAUUUUGCUACGCUCCGGCUAAGUGAAUAUCACCCAAAGAAUCUCUUAGAUACUCUUUGAUAUCACCAGUAUUUUAACCAAAGAACUUUCGAAGUUAUGUUUUGUUAAAGAGUAGUGGUUGAAUGUUUAGUCUCCAUCAUGAAUCUUCCAGAUGUGCCGGCGGAUCAGCCAACUGCUGGAUUCCAAAUUGCACCUGGUCGAUACAUUGGUGAUGAAUUUCCAUGUUUUAUAAUUGCUGAAAUUGGGCAAAAUCAUCAAGGAGAUAUUCAUCUUGCCAAAAAUCUAAUGCAAAUAGCUGCGGACUGUGGUGUAGAUUGUGUUAAAUUCCAGAAGUCUGAUUUAAAUAGCAGAUUUACUAAAGCAGUGGUGAAGCGGCCCUACAGUAGCUACCAUUCAUAUGGUGAAACUUACGGUGAGCACAGAAAAAAUCUUGAGUUAUCAGAUGAAGAUUUUUUUGAAUUAAGUCAGUAUGCAGCAGCUAUGGGACUGUUUUUUACUGCUUCAGGAAUGGAUAAGCCUUCCAUUGACUUCUUGAAUAAACUGAAUGUUCCAUUCUUUAAAAUUGGAUCUGCUGAUUGUACUAAUUUGCCUCUGCUUUAUCAUGCAUCUAAGUAUCAGAAACCUCUCGUUGUUUCAACUGGAAUGACAAAUCAAGCAGCUGUAUGCAAAAUGUAUAAUGAAGUCUUGGAAGUCAACAAAUAUUUAGCUAUACUUCAGUGUACAAGUUGUUAUCCUACACCUCCUAGCAAUAUACAUUUAAAUGUGAUAAAGACCUAUAAGGAAUUAUUUCCACGUGCUGUUAUUGGAUACUCUGGUCAUGAAGUUGGACUUGGAAUAAGUCUUGCAGCUGUAACUCUAGGAGCAAAGAUCAUAGAAAGACACAUAACACUUGAUCACUCUUUGAAGGGAAGUGAUCACAUUGCGUCGUUAGAGCCAAUGGAAUUACGAAAUCUGGUGUGUGAAAUUAGAAGGGUAGAAGAGGCCAUGGGUAAAUGUUCAAAACAAAUUCAGGAUUGUGAAUUACCAUGCUGUAAAAAGUUAGGCAAAACAAUUGUUACUUCUAAAUAUCUCCCAUGUGGAACUGUAUUAGAUGAAGAUAUGAUUGAUGUAAAAGUAGCUGAACACAAAGGUUGGGAUCCUAUAAAUUUCUAUGAAUUGAUUGGACGAAAACUGAAACGGGACCUUGAAGAGGAACAGUGUAUUUUGCCAGAGGACCUUUUGUGAUUUUUGUAGCAGUAUGAAUUUUAAUCGCAUGUUUCUGUUUUAAGAUGUGGAGUGAGACUUUAAUUUGUAAAUGUGUAUUUUGUGAUUGAAAUAAAUUUAAAAUAUAUCGGUGUGAA